GAAAUGCUGCUGAGAACCAAAAUAAGGUUGUGUGGCAUGCACACACGAUGUGCGUUAACCAAGGGAAGUAGCUGAGUUAAAUACAGCGAAUCAUUUGCAACAGUCACCUUGACUGUUCAAUAUCGUUCCAGUAUAAAUAGGAAGUCUGAGGAUCCAAAUGUAUAAUGUGGCCAAGUAAUAUGUCCAUGUCUGCAGCUUCCUCGACACAUGUUCCUGUAUUUAAAGUGGGCUUUACCAAGUUUACUCAGGACCAAUAAGCCACUUGUGCUCCAGCCUCCAGGUCAGCAAAAAUGAAAAGGUGGCCUACCCAUGGUGCACAAUGGACUCAUCCAACUGCUCCAUCUUCAAAAGUUAGCCAAGAACUGUGUGGCAUAGCUUGCUCUUGGCUGUCGGGAAGCAAGUCUAGUAGACUGGGAAUAUCGAAGUUAAGGUGAAGAUCUCUGGUGUCCACCAUGAGGCUUCUGUUGGUUCUCCUGCUCCUGGGUUUGGUCUGUACCUCAGUUUUGGCCAGGAAAAACCGAAGGCGCAAUAGGAACCGUGAUGUAAUUAGAGAGCUAAAGCCCAUAGACGACCCUGAGGCUGAUGAUGACGACGAUGAUGACGAUGAUGACGAUGAUGAUGAGGAGUCUGAUACAAAUGAAAAAGCUGAACUGAAAAAUCCAUGUGAUACAAAGUGUUGUAACCGUGGUGAAAUGUGUGAUGUAGACAAGGACGGCCUCGCUGUAUGUCUGUGCAGACAGGAGUGCCCUAUGCCCGGGGACCGCAGACUUAUGGUGUGCAGUAACAAAAAUAUCACAUUUGAUUCUGAGUGUCACAUGGACAGGGAACACUGUUUGUGUCGUAAGAAGCUGCCAGAAUGCCGACAUCCAAGACAUGGCAAAAUUCAGUUGGAUUAUUAUGGAGAGUGUAAAAAACUGUCCCCCUGUCCUGAUAUGGAGAUGUUGGAUUUCCCAGGCCGUGCUAGAGACUGGCUAUACAAUGUUAUGAGAGAACUGGCUAACAGGAAUGACCUUGGGGAGUACCUCAAGCUGCUGGAGGGAGCUCAGACUGACCCGUUCCAUGUCAAUGCUGUGCUGUGGAAGUUCUGUGAGCUGGACAAAACACCUCAUGACAGGUUUGUGACACGGCGGGAGAUGCUCUUCAUCAUCCGCUCCCUCAAGGCCAUGGAGCAUUGUCUCAUGCCCUUCCUUAGAUCCUGUGACAAAAACAACGAUCGUCGCAUCAGUCUGGUGGAAUGGGGCACCUGCCUGGGCAUUGAGAAAGGUAAAAUUUCUAACAUCUGCCUGGACAUCCACAGGAAGGCUGGGAGAAGAACAUAAACACCAGCUUGACAGGGUGUACUUCCCCCUGAUACAGUUCGACAUCAGAUGUCUCCCCAUUCUCUCUAGGGCCAAUCAUAUUCCUUUUGGUUCUAAUUUUGAACAGCUAGGUAGCAGUUCUGUUAACUUUCAUUUUGAAUCAGAUUGCAUAUACGAGAUCUUUGCCAGUAUAAUGUCAGGUGGCAUAAUAUAUUUGUAUGCUAUUCUAAUUAAAGUGUGUUUAGUUUGUUCAGAAAACGUGCUACGUCUGGAGUGGUAACGAAUUUUGAUCAGUUAGUGAGUUGUUCCAUCUUUAAACAUAUAGUACACUUUUAAUGUAUUUUUUAUUUCAAAUGGUUUAUGUUAGAUUCAGAAAUUGGAAAAUAAGUGGCCUAAAUGUUAAAUGUACACAAAGCACUGCCAGGAUUUGAAUGGAAAUAUUCAAGUUUAUUAUCUUUUAUGGUUGCGAAAUAUUGGAGUUGUGUAAUUUUUAGCAUGAAAUCGGACAAAUACAUAAAUGAAAUUUUAAUAACAAGCCACCUCUCUGUGAUGUUUCUAUACUCUUAUUAUUAAUGAUGUUGUGACAUAUGUUGUUAUGAUGUAUCACUGCCAUUAAAAAGUGGGCUUCUCAAAGUCACAAACUCUAACACGGUCCCCCUGCUUAAUCUACCAGUGGGGUUAUUUUAAUUCAGGAAAUAAAAUACAAGCUCAUGUCUCUGA